AUGCGCACCUUCUUGGCCUUCGUCCUCCUUCUUGCGGUCUUCUCUGCCGCCAAGGCCGACAACUGCGUCGUUGAUAAAUGCUCGGCUCAGCUUGAGUUCUGCAUGCACGACACCGUGUGCGCCAGCGCCCUCCGCUGUGCCGUUGAUUGCCAGCCCACCGACACCGCCUGCCUCCAGACCUGUGCCAGCAAGGCUGCCGGCAACGCCGCCUUCACCGCGCUGGCCUCGUGUGCCGCCCAGUGCAUCCCCACGGCCGGCACCCAGGCGCUGGGUCUGAUCGCCGAGUUCGAGCAGGCCAUCCAGGUCGACGCCCCGUUCAAGAAGCACUGCAGCUUCCUCAAGAAGGCCGCCUGUGCCGUGGGCAUCGCCGGCGCCAUCAGCGCCUGCGGUGGUCCCGAGGACCUCGUGUGCAUUCUCAAGAUCUUGAGCGCCCUCCACGGCUGUGCCGAGUGCUUCUGCAAGUCGCACUGCCAUGGCGCCUGCAAGGAUCUCCACCUUUGCUGA